GCAAAUCUUCCCCCGCAGGUGUAAGUUGUUAGGUUUAGGACUUAUCGGAGAAAAGAAGCCUUGAAAACCAAAGUGGAUUAAUGUCAACUGGCCCAUGAAUCAAUGGAAUAACAUUUCAACCACAUUUUUGGCUUGAUAGCAAAAAGCUGCUGAAAUAAAAAAAACACAAAACUUUAAAAGCAGCAACCCACGUCACCUCUCGUCCACAGGAAGUGAAAUCACAAGCAGGCAUCCUACUGCAGCACCACAUUACGUCAUACUGUUAGAUCUACCAUCAAGUGACAAACAUGCCGCCACCCCCACCCCCACCACCGCCGGCCCCAUCUGCUUCAGCCCCUCCUAAACUAAACAAGAAAGCGGCAACGGACAGAGGGGCUAUGCUCAAUGAUAUUUGUAACUUUAAAGGAGCUAAACUGAAGAAAACAGUCACUAAUGACAGAAGCGCACCUGUUGUUGAUGCUCCAAAAGGAGGAGGUGGAGGAAGAGGAGGAGGAGGAGGAGGAGGAGGAAUGGGAGGAAUGUUUGCGGGUGGAAUGCCCCAGCUCAGAAAAACUAAUGCUUCUUCAGGAUCACCAAUGUUACCUCCUGGUCGAGGGCCAGCAAUGCCGAAACCAAACUCUGCUCCCAAAUCCAGUCCUUCAUUCGGAGGUCCCCGGCCGCCUCCCCCAUCCAGGAACAAUAAUCCUCCACCCCCUCGCUUCCCGAUGGGUCCUCGUCCAAGUAUGGGAUCAAGUAGCCCCCGUUUCCAAAAUCACAACUCCGGAGGAGGAUUACCUCCAACUCCAUCAUCACAUAACAAGCCGGACACAAUAGGGAAAUCCGGUGGAAGACAAUUUGGUAAUCUUCCACCUCCCCCAUCCAGAAAUAACAAUCCUCCACCUCCAAAUGCAAGAAAUACCGGAAGCGUUUCAAGAAACAGCGGGAUAAGGCCCCCACCCCCAAACUCUCGUGGUGGGCCACCACCAUCAUCUAGGCCAAAUAGUAGCCUCCCCCCGCCCCCUAAUUCUAGAGGCCCCCCACCAUCCAUGAACAGCCGAGGUGGACCCCCGCCGCCUCCAUCUCAUAACAGAGGAGGACCUCCUCCUCCACCUAACCGAUCCCAACCAAACUCCCAGCCAUCAUUCAAUUCACCAAGCAGAGGUCCGUCAUCCAAUCCACCUCCUCCUCCCCCCUCCAGGGAGGGCAGUGCACGCAGGUCGUCCCAGUUACACUCCCAAGGUCCUCCACCUCCCCCUCCAACAUCCAGCAUUCCAAACAGGAGCAGUCGAGGAGGACCUCCUCCUCCCCCUGCUCGUGGUCCUCCACCAAUGAGCAACGGACCAACAAACGACAGGUAUGGAGGUUCCCCUUCUCAUGCUCCAGUAGGUUUUGGAUCAAGGGCGUCAAUGCACGAGCGUUCGUUACCCCCACCCCCCUCAGCGCCGGAUUAUUCCUCUCACAACUCCUCGAUAAGGAGCCGGCCCCCACCUCCUCCAUCUCGCCCCGAUUCACGAGGAGGCCCCCCUCCCCCACCACCAACACGAAACAACAACAGUCUUGCUUAUCGGGGCCCACAAUCUCGUCCUGCACUUAAUGUAACAGAUGAAGAGGAUUUAGAGAAUCGCUUUCCCUUCAACACCAACCUUCCACAACCAGAGCAAUUUUUUCCGUCACCCAAGACCUACCCAAGUAACAACCCAAGAAAAGGUAACAACAAUCCACAGCGUCGUGUCCCCGCCUCCCAGCCUCCUCCCCCUCCCAUGCACGCAUGAUCAUCUCUGCAACAUCAUUAAGAAGAUGUUUAAAGUCCUCCACUAAGAGAUGAAGAUUUGACUUUCAUGAUGAAAAAUUGAAAUCCAAAAAAAAAUCUUAAAAUUUGCUCCUAACUUGAGCCUUUAAUCUUGUUGGUCUAAUCUUGUGACAGUCUCCCUAGAUUUCGUUGUAGGAAUUUUCAAGUUUGGUGAUGUCAUAAUGCUUCUUCAAAACUAUUUUUUCGGGAUUGGUUGCUGGCCUCAACAUAGGGAAUUUCUUUUUGCCUUGUUAUUUUUCACGCUAGCUGCACUUGGACCUCGGUUUGCACUGGGCAGUGUAGGAUGGAUGUCAUUCUGCUUCUGCCAAAGAAACGAGAAUAUAAGCCUUUCCCGCUGGUGUUCCAUUCGUCGCGUUUCACUCCCUGCUUUUCUUAUUGGGCUGUUCCGCUUACCGCAACAUCCUCCCUCUCUUAUUGCAUGCGUUUCCGUGCCUUGUCGCAGCGGAAUCGUCCGUUGCUUUAUCCUCGCAUUGUACAAUCUCAUAUUUUAAAUUAUGACGUCACAAUGACGUCACUCACGCUGCAAGUUUUACCGAUUUUUAGCUCCCAACAAACUGCGGUGAAGUUGUCCGACCUUUGUGUUUCCCCGUUUUUGUUAUUCCUUGUGCGACCUAAUUAAUGCAAAUAUCUAUAAUUCUAUUUCCGCGGGGCCGCCGUUGUUGGCCACGUCGUGUUUGUCACAUCUCCCGCACUUAAGUUGCUGGCACCAGCUAUUGGUGAGCGCACACAGCGCAUUAUGACGAAUAAUUGGUCGUUUCGCGUAUUUCCGGACACGUGUGACUGCGUCACGUGACUCCCGAGACCUGUCAUGCGUGUCAACACCUUGUCUUCUGUUGUUACUGAGCAAACAAGUGUCAUGAUAGCCACUUAUAGAGACAUAAACGCCACUGGCCAAGCUAAGCUUCGAGCAGUUUUAACCAAAACGUUAAUUUAAUGGCCGCCUCACAGUCGACACGUUUAUAAGUUUGUCUUAAAGUCAUAUUUUUUUUUCUCUGUUGCUUCGCCGCCCCAUAGUAUAUAAAGGCGUUCGAUCCAUAUCGUAACAGCAGUUGAAUACUAUUAUUUACCAUGCACUGCGCAUAUAUGUAUAAACUUGAUUCCGACAUAAUUUCUCGGCCGCUCUGAGAAACUAAUUGUAUCCAGUUAACCAAAGUACAAAAUAAAAUUUUGCUCCAAAUUCCCGUGAAA